UGGUGGUAAUCCCUUAUUGACAUUGCUUAUAUUUCUUAUCUAUGCACAUUGUGUUUGGUGGAAAGCUUUUUAAGUAAAUGUGAUUUUUCACCCAAUACAUUCACCAGCAAAAGCAAGAUGCCUCCGUUGGAACUAGCCGGCCAGUCGGGAACCGAAGAAACGGCUCCACCGAUUAACCCUGUCAUCGGGAUUAUAUACCCACCACCAGAAGUCAGAAAUAUCGUCGACAAAACCGCAAGCUUCGUAGCGCGGAACGGCCCCGAGUUUGAAGCGCGCAUAAGACAAAACGAGCUCGGCAAUCCCAAGUUCAACUUCUUAAAUUCCGGAGAUCCUUACCAUGCUUACUAUGAACACAAAGUUAAUGAGUUCAUGGAGGGCAAAGCCCAAGAACCGUCCAUACAAGCGGGUAUAUCAAAACUUUCGGUAUCUGCGAGCGCCCAACAAAAACAACAUGAAAUCUUGAAGCAAGUCGAACAGCCGUUCGUUCCCAAAGAUCCGCCAGCAGAGUUUGAAUUUAUUGCCGAUCCACCUUCGAUAUCCGCCUUAGAUUUAGAUAUCGUCAAACUGACAGCUCAGUUUGUCGCGAGAAACGGCAGGGCGUUCCUGACUCAGUUAAUGAAUCGCGAACAACGUAAUUUUCAAUUCGAUUUUUUGAGACCGCAACAUUCUUUAUUUCAAUAUUUCACAAAAUUGCUCGAGCAGUACACCAAGGUACUGAUCCCCCCAAAAAGCAUGCAGCAACGUUUACAAGAUGAAGUCCAGAGCGCCCACGCGGUCUUGGAGUUGGUAAAGUACCGGGCUGAGUGGCAGAAGUACCAGGAAGCCCAGAGGGCCCGGGAAGAGGAAAUACUGGAACGCGAACGAGUGGCGUACGCGCAAAUCGACUGGCACGACUUCGUAGUAGUUGAAACCGUCGACUACCAACCGUUCGAGAUCGGGAAUUUCCCGCCCCCGACCACACCUGAAGAAGUAGGUGCUCGGAUUCUGAUCCAGGAGCGUAUUGAGGAGGGCGAGGAUAUAGAAAUGCAAUUGGAGAGUGAUGAAGAGGAACCCGCUGAGGACCAUGGGUUAGCCCGUAUGGAAGACAGAACGCAGACCUUGAAACCGGGCAAAUCGGGCAAAGACGACAAUCGCGUUCAGGACAUGGACGAGGAGAGCUCUGACGAGGAACACGUCCAGGAUAAGUCGUCCCAACCGCAGAUCCAGCCGCCCCUGCCGCCCAUACCCGAUAAAGUGGUGGUGAAAAAAUAUGAUCCCAAACAAGCGGUGAAAGUGCUGAGACCCCAAGUGGGCGACGAUUAUCUCGUCUCCCCCAUAACCGGGGAGAAGAUACCGGCGAGCAAAGUGCAGGAGCACAUGCGCAUCGGCCUGUUGGACCCUCGGUGGGUGGAGCAGCGCGACAAACACGUCAACGAGAAGAUGAACCAGGACACGGUGUACGCCGCCGGUACGGCGAUCGACGCCAGUCUCAAACUGCUCGCCGAGCGUCGUACCGACAUCUUCGGCGUCGGCGACGAAGAAACCGCCAUCGGUAAAAAGAUCGGCGAGGAGGACGUGAGAAAAGACGAGAAGGUCACUUGGGACGGGCACACGUCGAGCGUGGAGGCGGCGACGAGAGCGGCCAGGGCCAACAUCACCCUGGAAGAGCAGAUCCAUCAGAUACACAAGGUCAAGGGGCUGUUGCCCGACGAAGAGAAGGAAAAGAUCGGUCCGAAGAACGUGGCGGGGGCGGCCAAAGCCAAACCGGCCGUGGUCAAGGCCCCGGCUCCGUCGCAGACGUCGGUGAUUACCCAAGCGGCGCCGAUGACGUUGCCAGUGAGCGCACAGCCGCAGAUGCUCGCGCCCCAACCGCCGAUAAUGAUGAUGCCGGCCCCGCCCAUGGCGCCGAUGAGACCGCCCCUGAUGAUGCCGGCUCACCCUUCGAUGGCCGGGUUCGUGACGCCGAUGCCGCCGCCCCCGAUGGGCCCGCCGAUGAAUAUGACGAUGAAACAUCCGAACGAGGGCCCCGCGGAAGACGAGCCGAGCAACAAGAAGAUAAGGAACGAGGACUCGCUGGUCCCCGAGGAGGUUUACCUGGCACGAAACCCGAGCCCGAUCGGCGUGAAGAUUUCGGUGCCGAUGGCGCCCGAGAAGGCCGAAUGGAAACUGAACGGUCAGGUGUUGACGUUCACUUUUCCGCUGGGCGAGUCUGUGGCGAGCGUCAAGGCCAAGCUUCAGGAGGAGAUCAAUAUGCCGCCCGCGAAGCAGAAGCUCUUCUUCGACGGGAUGUUCUUCAAAGACUCCAACACGCUGGCCUAUUACAACGUGACGCCCGGAGCGCUGAUCCAGCUCCAAGUCAAGGAGAGGGGCGGCAGGAAGAAAUAAAUUUCAACGAACGCGUUAACAAACCCUUAUCUAUCUAUCUAUAUAUAGAAAA